AUGGCAAGCAAUACUCCUGUUUCUUCAAGCCCAAAGUCAUACCAUGGUAAAGCAAUUAUUGUGUCAAGUGACAGAACUUCUACAGAUACGAAUGCAAAUAAUUUUUGUGUACAGACAGGUGAGGAAUUUUCUGCUGAGUUUUUAAGGCAUCCUGGUGCUCUAAGAAGAAUAGAAGUGACAACGGAUGCAGACCAUAUCCAACCAAGGCAAGCAGCUUUUAAUUACAGUCAGAAUUAUCUGCAGGAUUAUUACAAGGAUCUUCCAGAAUUAAGAAGGAAGGAAUCCGACUACGGUUCAGAUAUUCCAAAUUUUGUUUCAGAAACAGUACGCCCUACUGAAGUAGAUAAUUAUCCCGAUCACUUUGCCAGAUACAACUGGCAAUAUGGUUCUAAUGGACAAAAAUUGGGUCAGCUCUCUGAUGUAAGUUACUUUGAUCAAGUAACACCGGGGCCAGCCGUCCCUCCGCUCUGUGUAGUGGGGUCCCCUCAAUCGUACCACCCUAAUAGCCCGGGAGUUACAGAAGGUACUUUCACCAGUAAAAUGAAAUUUCUUUGCAGCUUUGGGGGCAGAAUAUUACCAAGGCCAAAUGAUGGGAAGCUUAGAUAUGUAGGGGGAGAGACACGGAUCAUAUCCAUUAAGAAAAACCUUACCUGGGAGGAACUUGCAAGGAAGACAGCAGCAAUUUGCAGCCAACCUCAUACUAUCAAGUACCAGCUCCCUGGUGAGGAUCUGGAUGCUUUAAUAUCUGUUUGUUCUGAUGAGGAUCUUCAUCACAUGAUUGAGGAAUAUCAUGAACUGGAAAUGAAUGGUGGUUCUCAAAGACUGCGCUUAUUUCUCGUGUCCUUAGUUGAACUCGAGAGUCCAAGUUCUUUGGAAGGAAGAACACCACGGCAGCAUGACAUUGAUUAUCAGUAUGUUUUUGCUGUUAAUGGCAUGCUGGAUGUAAAUCAGAACCCCAGCGGGCAGAGUUUAGCAAGCCAAACAACCCAGUUUGGAAAUGCUUCAGAUUAUAGUCCUAGAUUUCAUAGAGACUCUCCUACAUCGGCUCAUGGUUUCGAAAAUAAGGAUUACAGUCCAAGUUCACCUAACAUUGUUGGGAUGUUCUCACAUCCAGCUGCUCAUUUUUUAACUAAUCUUCGUAUACCAAGCAGAUCAUUUAACCAUUCCCCUCCUCUAUCUCCAGGUCAAGUUCAGCAACGAAAUCCUAAUAAUUCCAAUUUGCAGUUUUUUGUGGAUACAUCUCGUUUUGAUCAUAGUAAUGAAGGCAUCAAUCGUUUUAUAGUGGAAACACAUCCAGGUGGUAAUUCUUACUAUAUGGAUGCCACCAGCUAUCAUAAUAACCAUCCUCAUGUACCUCUUCCACUUAUGAACCACCAUAAUUAUAACCAACAUCUAUUAGAAAGUAUUAUGAGUAACAAAUCCCGUGAAAAGCACUUUCACAAUCGAAGCCCCAGUGGAGAUUUUGUUCCUUAUCAACUGCAUCGUCAAAAUACUAUGAGCCCUGACAGAACUAAGCUUAAGGAAAGGACACUUUCUGACUCACAGUUACAAGGACAGGAUGAGAGGUAUAGUUCCUUCUUGAACGGAGUCGUGCCACAGGCACUAUGUAAUAGUGGAAGAGAUAAAUCUCCCUCACUAGCAUUGUCAACUUCCUCUCAAGAGUGGAUCAUGCAAUGGCAAGAGAGAGUUGAUUGGAAGUGCCAAAUGGCAACCAAACAUGUGAGUCAGUCCACUUCAAGAACAGCAGAUUGCAAAGAAAAUUAUGAGCUUAGUCUAGAGAAGUCAAAGUGGAUGGGCAAGUAUAAUGAGCCUUCCAAACAAGAAGGGAACAAUCAAAGAAACAUUGAAGUUACUUCACACAGUGGCUCCAUCACAGAUAAGAAUUUGCCUAACUUAAACAACUUGCCUAGUGUUUCUCCUCGUGUGGAAGACUUACGUAGCUCUGGAGACUCAUUGUUCUCUUUACCAGUCAUUGUUGUCCCAAAUUCUGCAGAUGUAAGGGAGUACCUCCCUGGUUACCAAUUAAAUACAGCCAAACCUGAAUCACAUAUCAGAAACCAAAAUACGACCAGAGAUGGGCAUUGUGCUGUGACUGAGGUGGUGAGCGGUCAAUUUGUUGCUUGUGGAUCUCCUAAACUACAACCUGUUACAUCUCACAAAUUGGCUGAACAAGAACCCACAAGAUCAGGCUCUAAUUUGACCACAGACCAUGCUUCAAGUAGAAAAGCAUUUCUCCGUGGUGAAGAAGUUGCCAGUUGUCCCAACCACAAGCUAGCAGAGGUAAGCAGCAGGCUAUACUUCUACGAAAGGUCAAAAUUUGAAGAUGUUACAAGUGUUGAAUCACAGUCUUCAAUUAAUCCUUAUGAUGGCAAGGUCAUAGAAUCGACAGUUAUUAUUGAAGAUGUUACUAGUGAUGCACCUGCUGACAUCCCCUCAUCUUCAGCUGUUGUGCCACAUAUUGAUGUGGCCAGUGGUGAAAUUCAAACUACUACAGAAACAAAAGAAGAAAUAGAAUCCGAUAACGAGGAUAUGAAGAGUGGUGGAAAAAGUGCAGACGGUUCUAUCACUGAUGCAACGAAGGUUGAAAUUGAAGCUGGAAUCCAUGGUUUACAGAUUAUAAAGGAUGCUGAUGUUGAAGAACUUCAGGAGUUAGGAUCAGGUACAUUUGGAACCGUUUAUCAUGCAAAAUGGAGGGGAACAGAUGUUGCUAUUAAGAGAAUCAAAGAAAGUUGCUUUUCGGGCAGGUCAUCAGAGAAAGAGCGGUUGACCAAUGAAUUUUGGAGAGAAGCACAUAUUCUAUCAAAACUUCACCACCCAAACGUGGUUGCAUUUUAUGGGGUUGUCACUGAUGGACCAGGAGGAACAAUGGCAACAGUUACUGAGUAUAUGGUGAAUGGAUCAUUGAGGAAUGCCCUACUAAAGAGAGAUAGGGCACUUGAUCGUCGUAGAAAGCUUGUAAUUGCACUGGAUGCAGCUUUUGGCAUGGAAUACUUGCAUUUGAAAAAUAUUGUUCAUUUUGAUUUGAAAUGCGACAAUUUGCUUAUCAAUUUGAGGGAUCCUCAAAGGCCCAUAUGCAAGGUUGGAGAUUUUGGGUUGUCAAGAAUCAAGCGCAACACUCUUGUAUCUGGUGGUGUGCGUGGAACUCUUCCAUGGAUGGCACCAGAGUUAUUGAAUGGCAGUAGUAUCCGGGUUUCAGAAAAGGUUGAUGUUUUCUCAUUUGGUAUUGCAUUAUGGGAGAUUCUGACCGGAGAAGAGCCAUAUGCAAGCAUGCAUUGUGGUGCAAUAAUUGGUGGAAUUGUAAAUAAUACGCUCAGGCCUCCUAUACCAGAACGUUGUGAUCUGGAAUGGAGAAAGUUAAUGGAAGAAUGUUGGUCGUUUGACCCCACAGCCAGGCCAUCUUUUACAGAGAUAACAAACAGGCUGCGUCUUAUGUCUGCGGCAUUGCAGCCAAAACGGCGCACUGCAAUUAGAUGA